UGUGUGACAAUGGCCUCUGUAAAAGUGGCUGUAAGGGUGCGCCCAUUCAAUCAAAGAGAGAAGGACAUGAACGCCAAGUUGAUUGUCCAAAUGGAUGGAAAGAAAACAAGACUGCUCACUGCAAAAAAUAGCAAAGAACAAAACGAUGGAACCCGGGAGAAGUCUAAGGAUUUCACCUUCGACCACUCGUACUGGUCGUUCGACAGCGGUGACAAGCACUUCGCGACACAGGACCAGGUGUUCGCCGACCUUGGACUCGAUGUGAUCGACAGCGCUUUCGAAGGCUACAAUGCGUGUGUAUUUGCUUACGGGCAGACGGGAAGCGGGAAGACGUUCACCAUGAUGGGUAGCGGGUCAGCGGAAUCACAAGGACUUAUUCCGCGGAUAUGUCGCCAACUUUUCUCGCGAGUGGCGGCGGGAAAGGAGUCCGGCGCUUCGUAUCGCACGGAGGUCAGCUACCUCGAGAUAUACAACGAGAGGGUGAAGGACUUGCUGGCCACCGACGCGGGUCACUCGCUGAGAGUCCGAGAGCAUCCUAAACUGGGGCCUUAUGUCCAAGACCUGUCCAAGCAUCUAGUCUCGGAUUACGAUGACAUACAAGAAUGCAUGCACCGCGGCAAUCUCCACCGAACCACCGCAUCUACUCAAAUGAACGAUGUAUCGUCCCGGUCGCACGCCAUUUUUACCAUCACCUUCGUGCAGGCGAGCUACUUGCGUCACAAUAACAUGCCUAGCGAAACUGUGUCCAAGGUUCACCUCGUCGAUCUCGCUGGCAGUGAGCGAGCUGAUGCCACUGGAGCCACUGGUCAGCGAUUAGUCGAAGGGGCGCAUAUCAACAAGUCACUCGUGACGUUAGGCUCUGUCAUAUCCGCACUUGCUGAGGCCACUAACCAACCUGUUGAUAGUCGUACGCCAAAAAGCAAAAAAGUGUUUAUUCCAUAUCGAGAUUCGGUACUAACAUGGUUACUAAAAGAUUCACUCGGAGGAAACUCUAAGACUAUUAUGAUUGCCGCGAUAUCGCCAGCGGAUUGCAAUUACGGUGAAACGUUAUCCACUCUCAGGUACGCUAACAGGGCAAAGAACAUCAUCAACAAGCCCACUAUCAACGAGGAUCCAAAUGUCAAACUCAUCAGAGAGUUGCGGGAGGAGAUCGAGAAACUGCGCAAGCAGAUAUCUCACAACACAGAUCCAAUCGAAAUGGAACCAGCUGUACUCGCGACUCUGCAACGCAAAGAGGCCCAAGAGAAAGUCUUAACAGAAAAGUGGACUGAGAAAUGGCGGGAAACGCAACAGAUCCUACAGGAACAGAAGGCGUUGGGUCUCAGGAAGAGCGGACUUGGAGUUGUUCUUGAUUCAGAUAUGCCGCAUCUUGUGGGCAUAGAUGAUAACUUGCUUUCAACAGGAGUCACGCUCUACCAUCUCAAGGAAGGUGAGACAGUGAUCGGCAGCGAGGAGUACUCGCCCACGCCGGACAUCGUGCUGUCGGGCGCCGGCGUGCUGCCGCUGCACUGCCGCGUCACGCUGCAGGAGGGCGUGGCCACCAUCAGCCCCGCCCCCUCCGCGCAGUGCUGGCUCAACACCGUGCUACUCGACAAACCCGCCAAGCUCAGCCAGGGUUGCAUCCUUCUCCUCGGCCGCACGAACAUGUUCCGCUACAACGACCCCGCAGAGGCCGCCAAGUUACGGCAGGAGGGCGCCUCGGUCAUGAACCUCUCCCGUCUAUCUCUGCUCUCCUGGUCCACCACCGACCUCGCGGCGAGCAACGAGAACCUUAAUACCGCGCUCUCUGACUUAGAAAGUGAGAUCCGGUGCGAGCGUAUCGAAGCGCAGCGCGCUGAGCUGGAGCGAGAGCGCCAACAGUUCGAGCUGCAGCAGGAGGAGCGGCAACGUCGCUGGCACGCUGAGCGGGAGCAACUGUUGCAGGCGCAGCGGCAACUCGAUGAGGAGCGGUCGGCGAUGGAGAAGGAGUACGCCGCCGCGUGCCGGCGGCUGUCGGGCGACUGGCGGGCGCUCGAGCGCGGCUGGACCCUGAGGAGGCGCGCCCUGCGCUGCCGCCAGCGGGAGCUCAGCGCGCGCGCGCACUCGCACGCGCGCGCCGCGCGGGCCGUCACCGACCAGAUUGUGAAGGAGGAACUGCAGAUAGCGGACCUGAGACGCCGGCAAGGGGGGGUCAAAGACCAGCUGCAGGAGUUCGUCAACACCAAGACCGAGGAACUCCUCGCGCAGGGGUACUACUUGGAUGAGAGCCUCACACCGAGUCCAGAAAGUCCUCCUUCAGAAACCUCCACGGAGAGCCUGAUGCAUCUCCUGCAGCAGUGCGAGCCCAACACUGCCAAGAGCAUCAAAGAGACCGUAGAAAGACACAAAAAAGAGUUGGAGAGCUUAGAGCAGGAGUUGCAAGGUCGAGUGGCGAGCGUGGCGGCGCACCGCGUCAAGGUGGAGCGGCUGCAGCAGGAGCUCGCGCUGCUGGCCGCCCGCGAGAGGGGCCUCACGCGCGCCCUGGCCGACGGGGGCAACCAUGGAGGUGGGCCUCGAACGUCAAAUACUUUUCCACGUUUGGCCUCCAAAUGUCCCCGUGUUAAGCCUCCUCACUCUUCGAGGAGUUCCCGGUGCGGGAUCGUGGAAACGUGCGAUAUGAGUUUAACCGCCGGCGGCGCCGCGCCCCCCCCGGCGGGCGUGCAGCGCAGCAAGUCGGAGCUCGUGCUGCGCGCGCGGCCGCCGCCCGACGCGCGCGCCGCGCCCGACGACGCCGCGCUGUCGGCCGACGAGCGCCUGCACUUCCGCGCCAAGCGCCUCAGUUUGAGCCUCAGCCUCGACCCGCUGCCGUCCCCGAACUCGACGCUGAACACAUCCGACACUUUUCACACGGCGACGUCCUCGCCGAAACCGUUCCCAUCCGAGUCUUCGCUCCCCACUCCGUCCACUACCGAGGUCUCGGGAUUCGCUAGUGACGAACACACUCCCCUCCCUCAGUUCAGACUGGGUCCGGCGCCUGAUGACAGUGACGAUAUGUCGAGCACUGAAGAUUAUCAUAAGCCGCGGAUAGUGGAGGGGCAGUCGUCUAGCUCGGUAGAGAGGUCGCCAGAGGAGAGACAUCAGAGGACGAAAUACAGGAGGAGAAUCAGAAUGAUAUUUGUAGGUGACGGCAAGUCUCGUCGGCAAGUGACGGAAGCGGAGGCGCUCCGAGCGAUGCAGAGGCUCUGUUCGAGGAUCGCCUCGCAGAAGAUGCUCGUCAUAUCCUCGCUGGAAAAUGACUGUUCCAAGGAAGAGCUGAACAGACAGAUCGCAGUUCUUCAAGAACUUCAGAAAAAGUACGUCCGACUCGAGAUGGCUCUGCAGUAUUCGUUCUUCGAUAACCAGCCCAACAAACGUACCAUAAUGGUGACUCCCAUACAGGAGACCCCCUCCCUCACCCUCAGCGAGAGCGACAUGCAGGUGGCCAGCGAGCCCGCGUCUGACACGCUGCAGAACGGGCGCUUCGAGGACCCGCUGCGGUGCAGAUUAAAAGAAACGGAAGUGGAGGCAUCGGACAACGUGUCGACGUCCAACGACGAGCUGCCGUCGGAGCCGGCGUGGCGCGACCCGCUGCGCGCGCUGGGAGCGCCGCCCGCCGCGCGCGAACCGCCGCCCCGCGACCUCGCGCUGCCGCGCCCCGUCGCCGACUACGGCGUCGAGGGCCUCAUGCACCCCAUCGACUUCGCGGAGGUGGUGAGCGUGCCGGGCUGGGUGACGCGCGGCGCGGGCGCGCGCACGCACCACGAGUACGAGGUGCGGCUGCGCCUGCCGCACGCGCACACCGCGCUGCUGCGCCGCUACCGCCGCUUCCGCGACCUCUACCUCGCCGCGCGCGCGCUCUACGGGGAGAAGGUGGCAGCGAUACCUUUUCCCGGCCGCGCCCUCUGGUCCUCAGAAGCGUUGGCACGGGCUAGAAGACCACAGCUGGAGACGUUCCUCAGAAGACUGCUGACGGUCUGCUCGACGGACAGACGGUGUCCGCUGUACGCGUCGCCCCUCACCCGGGAGUCGCUUGUCGCCUUCUCGCCCUUCUUCAGAAAGGGCGUGUUCGAGAGCGGCAAGUGCGGCACGGGAUGAUGGCGCGCGGAGCCGGUGACGCGCGCGCUGCGGCGCGACGCGCGGCGCCUGGCGCGCCUGCUGCUCUCCGCGCUGCUGCUGCUGCUGCGCUGCGCCGCGCUGCUCGUGCUGCUGCUGCUGCUCUUCCUCGCCAAGCGGCGCAGGUAGGCCGCUCCCACAUACUCGUACUGACGCGGGGCCCUUCUCCGAUGACGCGACGGUUGGUUCGAUGUGUACCUGAAUGAUUAUACAAUUUUAAACGAGAUGUCGUUACCUGCUGUAUUCUAUUUUUGAAAGUGUCGUAGACGGAAAUAGUUUUUGUAGCUUAAUUUCUUAAUCAACGCCAGACAUUCGAUUGAUUGUUAUAAAAAUGGAGUCACAUUUACGCUUCGAUGGGAUAUGAUUUCAAAUUGAGUAUCGGAUCGAUAUUUUUUUAUACCGAGGUAAAAUAAGACGAGAUCGGGGGAAAAAUUGUGAUUCCAUUGAAAAUAGUGGUCUUGUCCCUAUGCUGCUAUAAAAGUCAAGAGUUAUUCACAG